UUCGUUCUAAUUUUUUCAAACAACUCUUAAACCCUAAUUAUCUUCAAGCAGCCACACACAGACCUCCGAAUCUUCCUCCUUCGCUAGCUAUGGAGUUUUGGGGUAUUGAAAUUAAGCCAGGGAGUCCCAUCAAGGUCGAACUAGAAGAGGGGUAUUUGAUCCAUGUCUCUCAGGUUACACUUGGUGAUUCGAAGAAGGUGAAAGAUGAGAUUGUUUCCCUCUAUGUGAAGGUUGGUGAUAGUAAGCAAAAGCUAAUCAUCGGAAACCUCUCGCAGAAGAUUCCUCAAGCUUCUCUCGAUCUCAUUUUCGAACGAUAUUUUGAGCUCUCUCACGAGUGCAAAAGCAGCAGUGUCUUUGUUCUUGGUUACAAGACCCUUGAUCCUAAUGAUGAGCAGCUUGGUUCUGAUAUUGAUUCAGAUGAAGAGGAAAUUCCCAUGGAUAUGUUUCAAAGUGAAUUGGAGAAAUCAAACGCCAAUGGUGUGAAUGGUCAAAAGGCUAACCUUGAAGCUGAUGAAUCUGACUCUGACGAAGAAAAUGAAUCCGACUCCGAUGAGAUGGGUUCGGAUGAUGACUCAGAUGAUGAAGAAAAUGAAGAAGAAGCACCUUUAAAGGUGGAGCCUCCGAGCAAGAAGAGGCCAAAUGGUGGAGCAAUGAACAACACAAAUGCAUCAAAGAAAGCCAAAGUUGCCCAAAAGCCAUCAGGAGGGCAUAAGGGACAUAACUGCGGCGGUGUUCAUCCUCCAAAAAGAAACUAGAUAAUGAGCCAAAGUCACAUUUUUUAUGAAAAAUUUUGAGUUUUUUUUUAAUUUCUCUUUCUAAAUUUUGAUAGUUUUUACCUAUUGGUGAAAUGUUGAGUGGGUGGUGACUUCGUAAGGUUUAAGGUUCUUGAAAAUUUUGGAUUGUUAAAUCAUUAAAAUAUAAUAUAUUUUAUGUUGUCGUUUGA